CUCUGCCGAAGGGUGCCGGUUUAGAAACUGCCUACAGAUCUCAGCGCUGGGGGGGUUUAAAACGUAUCGGCCGCUAUACAGACUCAGCGAAAAUCAGCACAUCAAAAACCCCCGCUCGGCACCGCACAGACAGGUAUUUACGGUUUUGUUUUUGAUUUUUGAUUUCUUCCUCCUCGUUCUCUCCCAAUAUGGCGGACGAGCAAGACUACACUUAUCUUUCGCCUCCCGGGGCACUCUGGGAGCCAGCGUGAUGACGACACAAUGUUUGAAUCAAUACAAGAAAAGGCCGGGGCGCGUUGCUGUGGCAACGAAGGCCACGUUUUCCAGACGCUAGGUGGCGGUAGUGCGCUCAAGUCAUACACACAUUAUUGCUAAGUUAGUAUUACAAAGUUAGUAUUACUAGUUGCCAUCCUUAACAUUUGAUUUAUAUAGCCGACACGCUUGUCCAAGACUCUGUAUGUGCAGAAACUGUAAAAUAUUAAUCUAAUAUACUACAUCAGUUAAAUUAAUCAAGUCCAAAAAACAAACUAAAUAGUGCAGGAACAAGCUCUCUGUGGUUUGACCUGGCUCUUGGAGGAAAUGGCUGGAGAAGAAGCCUUACAGCCCUUGAUGUUCCUCCUGCUGUACAUGCUUAUGAAACGGAGAGCAGAUAUUAACAAUGCCAGUGUCCAGAGACGAAAUGAAAUACAAAGGCGAGUCAGACACAGGCAAUACUUUUUUCAGAGGCAGAGGAGGAUGCUAAUGAUGCUGGUGGCGCGCAGCAGUCGCUGCACCUGCAGUUCUCGCACGCGGGCCUGGACCAACAUCCAGAGCACGGACUGGUGGGAGCGGGUGGUGAUGAACGAGUUCCAGCCGCGGGACUGGCUGGAGAAGUUCCGCAUGUCCAAGGACACCUUCUUCUACAUCUGCACCAAGCUGAAGCCCAAGCUGGCCCGCCAGGACACCCACUUCCGCCUGGCGUUGCCCCUGGAGAAGCGGGUGGCCGUGGCGCUGUGGCGGCUGGCCACCAACGUGGAGUACCGCACCAUCAGCGCGCUGUUCGGCGUGGGCCGCUCCACCGUGUGCAAGUGUGUGCGGGACGUGUGCCACGCCAUCGUGGCCCUGCUCAAGCCGCUGUACCUGCAGGCGCCCAGCGCCCACGAGCUCGACGACAUGGCCCGCCUCUUCAACACCCGCUGGGGCUUCCCGCACUGCGUGGGCGCCGUCGACAGCCUGCACGUCGCCAUCAUCGCCCCCCCCAGCUACACCGCCGACUACUGGAACAGCAAGGGCUGGCACUCGGUGGUGCUGCAGGGGGUGGUGAACGGGCUGGGCCAGUUCUGGGACGCCUGCGCCGGCUUCCCUGGCAGCACGGAGGACGUCACCAUCCUGCAGAGCUCCACCCUCUGGGGCGCCGCCAGCGAGGGGGGGCUCUUUCCCGAGCCGCCCAAGGAGUUCAUGGGGCGGCCCCUCAAGUACUUCCUGCUGGGCGACGCCGCCUACCCGCUGCAGAGCUGGCUGCUGAAGUGCUACCCGGAGGGCCCGGAGCUCACGGCCCGCCAGCUGAAGUUCAACUACCGGCUGAGCCGCGCCCGCAGCGUGAUCGAGAACGCCUUCCUGCGCCUGAAGGCCCGCUGGCAGUGCCUGCACAAGCGCAACGACUGCAGCCUGGACCUGGUGCCCACCAUGAUCCUGGCCUGCUGCAUCCUGCACAACGUCUGCGAGGUGCACAGCGACUCCUUCAACCAGGAGUGGCUGGAGGCCGUCGGGGGGGCCGACUGCCCGCAGCCCUGCGACAGUGUGCCCCCCAGCAUGGACGACCCGGCGGCCGAGGAGGUGCGGGCCCUGCUGUGCGAUUACCUGCAGCGGGAGCAGGACUAGAUCCCCUUGGCCAGCACACCCCGUCGGCGGGAAUCGUUUCGCUCCGGAGCUGCGUGGGGCCUGGCAGUGGUCCUGACAAGGUGGCAGCCAGUCAGUAUUACUGGCUUGUGGUUGGGGAGAGAUGUCACUUCUCAAGUCGUGCAUUGUGUGCCUCCUAGGAAGUGGCGCUCCAGGGGUCCGAUAAGGUUAAUUCCAACUGGAGUUCAGCUUACUAUAACUUAAACUAGGUAUUGUUGACGCGUAGGUAAGGGGGGCUCAUUUCUCAAAGCUGAAAACAGGACGUGGGCUGGCCUCAGUAUUGCUGCCCCGGAGCGCUGGGGCGGCUGUCUGCGUGGAGUUUGCAUGUUCUCCCCGAGAUUGUGUGGGUUUCCUCCCACAGUCUAAAUACACACUGGUAGGU